GCCAAUUUGUGGGCUUGGAAAUGGAAGCCUGAUUUCAAGAAACUGUUGGGCAUGGAAAAAAAGCAGCUCCUCUACAGAAUCCCUGGAUAGCAGCAAAACUUCAUUAAAUCAAAAUUGUACAAGGUAUUGGAGGAUUACAAGCAGGAAAAAGAGCAAGCAGAGGGAUUAACCAGAGGAAAAUUGAUAAAGAAAUGAAGACUGACGUGAAAAUCUGAGGAAAAUCUUCUGUUUAACCAACCAUUAGCUAAUUUAAUUUAGUGUAAAACACACUGAUUUUGAGGUAAACCAGCUUAGGCCAGCUCAGAGGCUGAGUCUGGUGCUGUUGAAUAAUUAAAGCCAAUGAAUGGUGCAAACGCUGGAACAUCACGUGCUGUCCAUGCAAAGGGACCAGAAAAAUUCAUUCCUAGGACAAUCUCCCCGUGCCUCCAGGCUCUGCUUUCAUCAGAGCAGCGGCUCUGGAAGGGAGGAAAGGAAAAAAUUCAGAGGAGGAGAGAGCAGAUCCCGACUUCUUAUCACUCACACGACCAGAAGAGCAAGAAAUGUGUGGCUGAGAGGGCUUUUCCCCAAGGUGCCAGCCCUUUUCCAAGGGCCCUGGCGUGGAAAACUCCCACACAUGAACAUUCCACACCCUCGGGUUGAUUUCAUGUCCACCUGGAACCUGUAAAACUGCUGCUGCCGUUGGGCUGGGGUAUAAAACCUGCCCUCCAAGCAGCUUCCCAGUGCUGCUGGGAGGAUCUGCUGGAGAUGAGGACUCCUCUGGUCACCUUGCUGGCUGCUGUGCUCUGUGUGGAACAAGUUUAUCCAUUCAUGUGCUACACCUGCCAAGAACAGGAGUCCAACAAGGACUGUUUGACCAUUUCCAUGUGUGCCAAGGAGGACAAACACUGCGUGACCAUCCGGAAGGACAUCGGGACAAAGCCCAACAAGCCUAAAUACGUCAUCUCCAAGAUGUGCUCUCCAACGUGUCCAGAAACAGGUCAGCAACAAAUCCAAAGCUCCCAGAAUGUUUCCUGCUGUGAGAAACCCCUGUGCAACGUGAAUGGAGUCAGCAGCAGGCAAAGCAGCCACGGAAUGAUGUCCCUGGGUGUCCUGGCCAGCGUCACUUACAUCUUUACACACAGAUUGUGAUGGGUUUGGAAGAGCUCCCCAUGAUGGCUGAAAUAAAAGUGUUGUUCUAGGAUAAUUUUCCACUCUC